UUUUUUUGUUUUUCCUCAACUCAUUAAUUUCAAUUUCAAUUUUUUUGUCCACAAGCUUUCUUGAAUUGCGCGUGUACUCCGCUUGGAUGAUGACCGAGGACAAUACGCUCCAACCACCUGCUGCAAGUCCAGACACUGGCAUCAAGGCGCAACCCGCAACGGCAGACGACCUGCACAAUGACUUUGACACAACUGGAGGGUUCAACUUGGGCUCAUCCUCGUUACUCUCGGCAUUUGCGCGCACUGAAGAUGAUUCUGCUGCAGUCAAAAAGACACCAGCGCCAUACGACCCAGUGGCCCAGCUUCUCGGCUUGGACUCGGACUCGGACUCAGAUAAUGAAGCCGACAAACUGCAGAAAACUACAACCAGACCGUCAGUUGCCUCACUAUUUAUCGAUAGGCCUGUAGCAGCCAUCAAGCUCACUGCCAAUCGCAAAGAUGGAGAGGAGGAGAAAGAAUUAAAGGCAAAGAUUAAGAAGAAGCGCAAGUUCCUCAAUGUCUCGCGGUUUGCCCUGGAAAAAGGUGUCAAAAAGGACAGUGUAGUCGGGCGCCUGUCCUUAUCGCGGCGCCCCAAGAAAAUUGAUGACAGCGAUAACGAUAACGGCAGCGACCAGCGCGAGGAUUCUCCAGAGUUAACUAACCAGAGACGCACCCUGAUCAACAUGCGCAUUGAUUCUGACUCGGACGCGGACUCUGACUUGGACCGCAAACCGGUGAUCGGUGAGACCGUUGCACCGGAAGAAAAACUGCAGCCACAAAAGGGGCAGCGUAAGGAGAGGGCGGCGUCCAAGGCAGCUCUUGCAAAUAUGCACCGGGAGACCGAGCGCCUGAUACGCGAAACAGCCGUGAGGAUUGAUCCGCUGGAUUUUACAAAGCGACUAACUAUGGAGGAUUUCUUUAUUCGCUUUGACAUACACACCAAACCGCGAUCGCACUCACCAUCACGGACGCCUUCACCGCCGCCUAGGGUUUCACCGCCUCUUGCUACGCGCCAACCCAUGCGCUUCUGUUACGAUUCAGACUCGGGCGAAUAUGAUGUGGAGAUUAUUGACGAGCGCCCAAGGGAGCCCGCCAUGGUCAUGCCGAUGCCUUCGCCGCCUCCACAAUCACCACCACCACAGAUAACCCCGACUGUGGUUGAUGUGGACGGUCUGGAUGCCAUCCUUAGCUACGCAUCGCAGCCAAUGCAUUCUUCUAGAUCUUUGUACACUCCCGGGAUUAAGCGCACAGACGGUCCACUGGCGCUCAGAGAUCUUAACAGUGCGCUGCUCAGUGCUGUCUACAAGAAGGACCUGGAUGCCAAAAUUGCCAGCGAAAAGAAGGUGCGCAAGAGUGAAAUUUGUGAGGAAUCGGUCAAGUUUGUGGAAGAGUCAGAGGAGGAGCCAGAAUUGCAGGCCAAGAGCGAGCCUCAGGAUGAAGCGGGAGAGGACAUGGAGGUCGAUGGGGACUACAAUUCGGGAAGCGCCUCUGGCAUUGGUGAAGAUACCGACCCAGAACUUGACCUUAACGAAGAAAGCGCAGAGGAGGAUUCCGAAGACGAGGCCAAUGAGGGAGCAACACAGUCACGACGCACUCCCCGCACAGCUGUUAUCUCGGACGACGAAGACGAUGCGCCUUUGCCUCCUGCGCCAGCAGUCACAAAGACCAAGUUUAUCAAUAUGUUCAAAAUGCCACAAAAGCCUCUGUCCAAGACCCCGCGCUCUCCCACCCCUGAGCCGCAACUCAGCGAACGCGAUGUCUCUGCCUCGCAGGAUCUGCCAUAUAUGCUCUCCCAGAUAGAGGGCGUAGUCAACACACAGGACUCGCUCCUCUUGACGCCCGACGCUGCCUUGAAAUACGACCGCUCGUACUCGCUCACCUACGGAGGACAGCAGUAUAUGGAGCAGACGCACCCCACGCAGUCGCUAAUCGAGCAGACGCAAUCAACGCAGCCUACACAGCCUUUGACUUUACCGACGCAGGAGUUGAUGGGCCAGACACAAGCGACGCAGCCGAUGGAGUUCUCGCAGGUGGCCGCGGAUUCGUAUAUGGAUAGAUCCCCAUCGGUCGACAUGAAGGGCGAAUCUCAACCCGCCGAACUUGCGCGGCAUCGUCCAGGUCGCCUGGUCCGCCGCAGCGAGCUGCCCAGCAAGCAACAGCAACUCAGGCGUAUCAAGAAGUCCAAGAGGCGCCAUCAGCAGUCCGAGUUUAUCGAGGCUGAAGCCGAAGAGGGCGAGAGCUCAGGCUCUGACGCCGAGCACAAGACGCCAGCCGGAAAGUUCAACUGGGGCGAUGACCAGGUGGCAGAGUCCCCGGAGGAAUCCUCGGACGACCUGGACUCGGGCGAGGAAACCGCGGCGCUUCUGGCCGACCCCAUGAUCAACAACGAUGUCGAGCAGGACAGCGAGGACGAGCAGGCCGUCCGCGACCUCCACCGCAAACAGGAUUUUGACCAGGAUGAGAAGGAUAUUCAGGACCUCGUAAAGGACAUUACUACGGGAAACCUCAAGAACCGCAUCUCGGGAAACCGCACUGGGUUUGCGCUCGCUGAUGCUGAGGAUUAUAACGACAGGCAGACGAGGGCAGAGAGAAUGGAGGAGAGGCUGCGGAUGCGGAGGAAGUUGCAGGCCAGAGAGAUCCAUGAUACCAAUUUAGCCGAGAUCGCCAAGAAUCCAGAGACCGCUGCGUUUGCUCGCGCCGCCCUUAUGCGACCGCCCGAGAACAACUCUGGAUAUGUCUCGGGGAGUGACGCUGAUGAGCCCUCGCUGCUUUUACCGAUGGGUAUUAUGGAUAACGACGAUGAUGAGUUUGCGCUGGAGGAAAUCGUUGAUGAGCGAGAUGUGGAUAUGACCAUUCAACGGCAGAUGACCCGCGGGCAUAGAGGAGAUGAGAGCGACGACUCCGAGUCUGAGGACUGGGUUCAUGGAUUUAGCAAUACUCCUAAGAUGAUUCAUAGCUCUGGGCUGCUGGCAAGCGCCCCUGUCAUUGCCGCUACUGCUGUUUCUGCCUCUGCCCCUGACUCUGCCUCUGCUGUUUCCUGCGCUGAAGAGAACGAUGACGGCGAGCUGUUCAACUCAGUGUCUAUCGAAAACCUCAUCGUCCGCCGCAAGACCUUGCUCAAACGACCCGGAACGUCACUGCUGUCCUCGCCGAGCAUCAAGAAGCAAUUCAGUAUGAAUUCCAACAAAAAAUAAUCCGUCGAUAAUUGGCAAACA